GUCAGUUUCGCGGAAAGAAAACAAAAUCCGAGCUUCACCAGCAGACGUAUGGAAACUGCAUGAUUAGCUACCACUGUACUCUUUCUAGAUAAGUACAAGAUUCUAACCAAUUUAGAUUUGAUUACAAGGGUAUGCAAAAGAAAAAUAUGAGAAAAACCAUCAUCAUUACUUGGUCUAUAAAUUACAUGCUACUUCCUACCAUUUUCUCAUUCUACACAUUUGUACUUUUCUCAUGCGUUUUGUUUUGCUCCGCUAGAGAUACCAUAUCCUUUAGCAGAUUGGUUAGUGAUGAUACAAGCAAUACUCUCAUUUCAGCAGGAGAAAAUUUUGAACUGGGAUUUUUCACUCCUAGUGGAAGCUCUGACAAUAGAAGAUAUGUUGGAAUAUGGUAUUACAGGUCGAAUCCACAAACUGUUGUGUGGGUUGCCAAUCGAGACAGCCCAGUUUUAGGUACUGAUGGUGUUUUUGCCAUUGUGGAAGAUGGAAAUCUAAAGGUAUUGGAUGCAAGUGGCAAGCCUUACUGGUGGACAAACAUGGAGACAUCAUCACCUAUGUACAGGACAGCAAAGCUAAUGGAUACUGGGAACUUGGUUGUGAGCCAUGUGGAACAAGAAAAUCUCACAGAGAGAGUUGUGUGGCAGAGUUUUGAAAACCCAACUGAUACAUUUAUUCCAGGCAUGAAAAUGGAUGCAAGUUUAGCAUUGACUUCGUGGAAAAGUUAUGAUGAUCCAGCACCUGGGAACUUCACUUUUCGGCAAGAUCAAGAAGAAGUGAACCAGUUCAUCAUCUGGAAAAGGUCUUUAAGGUACUGGAAAAGUGGAGUUUCAGGUAAGAUUAUUAGUUCUGAUCAGAUGACAUCUGCUAUAUUUUACUUGCUAUCCAACUUUACCUCGAAUUUAGUCCACAAUGAGUCUUAUAUGCCAUAUCUUGCAUCACCAUUAUACAGUGAUACGAGGCUAGUAAUGAAUUUUUCGGGCCAACUUCAGUAUUUGAAGUGGGAUACUGAGAGGAUUUGGUCAUUGAUUUGGGCAGAGCCCAGGGACAGAUGCAGUGUUUACAAUGCUUGUGGAAAUUUCGCUAGUUGUAACAGUAAGAAUGACAUAAUGUGCAAUUGUUUGCCUGGUUUCAAGCCUAGCUUGCUGGAGAGCUGGAAUAGAGGAGAUUUUUCAGGAGGCUGCACCAGAAAGUCAAUAUUAUGUGGCAAAAAUACUGAGAGUGACAUUUUCUUAAGCUUAGAGAUGAUGAAAGUUGGAAAUCCAGACACUCAAUUUAAUGCCAAAAAUGAUAUGGAAUGCAAAAUAGAGUGCCUUGACAAUUGCCGCUGCCAGGCUUAUUCUUAUGAAGUAUCGAAUAUCACACGGCGGGGUGGCACUGGCAGUUCUGUAUGCUGGAUAUGGUCAGAGGACCUCAACAAUCUUCAGGAGGAGUAUGACAGUGGCCAAAAUCUUUUUGUACGAGUAGCAAUUUCUGAUACAGAAUCAACUACUAGAAAUUGUGAAACUUGUGGCACAAACAUGAUUCCCUAUCCCCUUAGCACUGGACCUAAAUGUGGUGAUCCAAUGUACUUCAAUUUUCACUGCAACAUCACCACAGGCCAAGUUAGCUUUGAGGCACCUGGUGGCACCUACCGUGUCACAAAUAUCUAUCCAGAAAAGAGAAAGUUCAUCAUCCAAAUAAAAGACGCAAAUAAUUGUGGGGAUAGGAGCUUACAAGACAAAAUUCUGCAGCUCAACCAGUCAUCACCAUUUAAAGCGAUCAGCUGGUGCAAUUUUGGGCAGGCCAACUUUAGUUCUGACUUAUCAUUUAAAGGUGAAGAUGAAUUUGAGAUUGGUUGGGAUCCACCACCAGAGCCAACUUGUUCUUCACCUACAGACUGCAAGGACUGGCCAAAUUCAACUUGCAAUUCUACUGGAGAUGGGAAGAGAAGUUGCCUUUGCAAAUCAAACUUUGUAUGGGAUAGUUUGAGCUUGAAUUGUACUCAAGCUGGCGAUUUCAACCAAACAGAUGGACAUUCAACAGGAAAGUUGCCCCUAUCACUGAUUAUUGCAAUAGCUUUUGCAAGUGUAAUUGUCCUAAUUAUUCUCUCAACUACUAUUAUUUGUAUCUAUUUUUGGAGAAGAAGGAUCGGCACAAGACAAGAAAAUGGAGAAAUUGCUCUGAAAAGUCCUGUGUUUCAUGUAUACGACAAUGAAAGACGUGUCAAAGACUUCAUUGAAUCAGGCCGGUUCAAAGAAAAUGAUGCAAAAGGCAUAGAUGUACCAUUUUUUGAUUUGGAAAGCAUACUAGCUGCCACAGAUUGCUUCUCGAGUGCAAAUAAGCUUGGACAAGGGGGAUUUGGUCCUGUUUACAAGGGUAAAUUUCCAGGAGGACAAGAAAUUGCUGUAAAGAGGCUCUCAAGUGGUUCUGGGCAAGGUCUAGAAGAAUUUAAAAAUGAGGUUGUGCUGAUUGCCAAACUCCAACAUCGGAAUUUGGUUAGACUUUUGGGCUAUUGUGUCAAAGGAGAUGAAAAGAUGUUACUCUAUGAAUAUAUGCCCAACAAAAGCUUAGACUUCUUUAUAUUUGAUCAAAAGCUAUGCAAGUUAUUGGAUUGGGACAUGCGGUUCAAGAUCAUUUUGGGAAUUGCUCGUGGGCUUCUAUAUCUUCAUCAAGAUUCUAGAUUGAGGAUUAUUCAUAGAGAUUUGAAAACAAGCAAUAUUCUACUAGAUGAGGAGAUGAACCCCAAAAUCUCUGACUUUGGGUUGGCAAGGAUUUUUGGAGGCAAAGAAACUGCAAGAAACACCAACAGAGUAGUGGGAACGUAUGGUUAUAUGUCUCCAGAAUAUGCCUUAGAUGGGUUUUUUUCAGUGAAGUCAGAUGUUUUUAGCUUUGGUGUUGUUGUGCUUGAGAUUAUUAGUGGGAAAAGGAAUACAGGAUUUUAUCAACCUGAACAUGCUUUGAGUCUUCUAGGCUAUGCAUGGCAUUCGUGGAAAGAAGAGAAGGCACUGGAUUUAAUAGACCAGACACUAUGCGAAAGUUGCAAUACAGAUGAAUACUUGAAGUGCGUAAAUGUUGGGCUGCUAUGCGUACAAGAAGAUCCAAGUGAUCGUCCAACCAUGUCUAAUGUUGUUUUCAUGCUUGGCAGUGAAACCGCAACUCUUCCAACCCCUAAACAACCAGCUUUUAUUGUUAGGCGAUUGCCUUCUAGCAGAGCUACUUCUUCUAGUAAACCUGAAACGUUCUCUAAUAAUGAGUUAACAGUCACUUUGGAAGGUGGGCGAUAGUUCUUGAGGUUCAAUUUCUAGCUAGUCUUGUACUUCUCUCCAUUCAUCAAUGUUAUAAAGUUUCAACUUUCAAGUGCAUUUCAUGUGUAAUUUUUUGUUAUAGGGAUAUACCCUAUUGAAAUAUAUGAUUGAUGGAACGUUCUUCCAUCCACAACUUGAGAGACUUUAUAAGUUAUUUUAAGGCA